UCUAUGCUAUUUGUUGUGCUGCUUGUCUUCUACGCUAUUUGGCAUCUGCUUUGGAAUACUGGGAACAUUAGCUGAGGGGCUGCGGGGGGAGAAUCAGUUUUACCAAAAGGCGACAUAUGUAGUUUUAUAGGUGGACUGGUUGAUGGCAGUAGACCUGGAAGUGGAAGAGCAAUGUAGGCUGUUGAUCUACGAGGUGUUUAGGAAUGGCAAAAGACAAAGAGGCAAAGAAGAAAAGCGCAGGUAAAAAUGAAAGGAGGGUGAAGCAGACAGAGACCAAAUCAGAAGCUGCUCCAGUCAAAAAGCGGAAAUUGGAUUCUGAGGUUCCCAGAGGAUCUGACUCAGCGGUAUCUCAGGAAGAAGCCAAUGACAAUCUGGAAUUAGCAGGUCUCACCCCAGAAGAGUGCCGAGUGCUGGAAAGAAAACUAAAGAAAGAACUUAAGAAAGAAGAAAAGAGGUUGAAAAGAGAGAGUGCUGAGCAGGAGAAGGAAGAGGGACCUCAGAAACCCUCGGGCUGUGAGCUGGCACUGCAGUACCUAAAAAGUUGGUCGAAAAAACAUGAAGAAUGGAAGUUUCAAAAAACCAGGCAAACAUGGCUUCUUCUGCACAUGUAUGAUCCAGAGAAGGUGCCUGACAAAUAUUUCAAGAUUCUCUUGAACUACAUAGCAGGGCUGCAAGGCAGGGCACGGGACACCACUGUGGAAAAAGCCGAGGCCCUAAUGAAGCAGUAUGACAGCUCCGAGACACAAGAGGAAGAUCAUGUUCCCAAGUUGGCCAGGAUCAGAGACGUCCUGCAGAUCUUGUCAUAGAAUUCCAUACAGUACAUUACCCGGCAGGAACUCGCUGUGGGCCUGGAUAGUGCAUACGGUUUGUGUCGAACUGUGGCUCAGGAUUGAAUUUAAAGCAAACCUAUGUUAUGCUUCCCCCCAACAAAGUGGCCAAUAAAGAUUUGGACAAUGCAGAUUUAGCAGAAUUCAAAAAUUAUUUUAGAUUUUCUACCCCUCCCCCCCCCCCCCCUUUUUUUUUUUUUUAACUCUUGGGCAUUUAUCAUUUUGAAUUUUAUAUGAAUACAUUGUUAUUGCAUUGUGUUAGAGUCCCGUAAACCGGGACUGAAAAUAUCCCAGACUGGGAUACAAAAUAGGCCCUGGCAUUGCAAGUACACAGAGGCCCAAACAGCCCCCCGGCAGCCCAAUAAAUAGUUACUGUCUAUGGCACUUUACAGCAGCCCCUCUGGCAUUUGCCAGAACCCACAGAUUGCCAGUCCGGAUCUGUCCUACAGAGAAUUGUGGGCAGUCAGGUUGCUGGGUGCCCCCAUAGGGAACGGAGCAUCACAGUGUUCAUAUCUAAAUGGCAAAUGCAAAAUGCCAAUGGGGACAGCCUGUUCCCUACACAGUGCCCUGUGCCUUCCUCCUGUUUAGCCCUGAGCCAUUUCCAUAUGAGCAGUGCCUUCUGGGAAGUGAGGUUGCUCCUACCAUUUCCUGUUCUGGCAGCUGAACUGCAAGAGGCUUCAUGCUCUUAGAACACUCAUCGUCCUUACUGACAUUUUAUCAUUGCCAUUAUUUAUCAUUCAUGUGUUUUCUCUUCUGGGAAUGGGACAUUCCCCUCUCUCUGUACAGUGCUAUGAAUGGAACAAAGUUUUUGUUCUUUUUUUGCAUUCUAAUAUUUUUACCAAUAAAUACAUUUUGAAGACUUUCA